AUGUUGCAUAACGAAGUGCCUUUGGCCCGUAGGUUGGUACAGGUUGGUGCUGCCAUCUUCUGGUGUUUACUCUCAGGUGGUCCUAUUUUUGGAUUUGCUGCUUUGAAGCCGGUCUUAAUCAAUGAAGGUAUUUACGAAGACAUAUGCUACGCAGCAAACUCAACAAUGACCGAUAACUCAAUUUCAUCAUUUGGCUCUAUUGACUACCUUACUACCUUGACACUGAAGGUUGCCGGGUCAGUAAUUGGCGUUGAAGGAGCUUCCACUGCCGCAUGUACUGCUCAAGAUUUGAAAUUAAAUAUGAUGUUCACUGUGGGUGCUGUUACUACUAAUAUUUCAGCUUUAGUCAUCGGUAGAAUUUUGGAUGUGAAGGGUCCAAGAGUUUGUUGUCUCAUUGGGUCGUUUUUUUUGUAUAUUGCAUGUGCUGUUUUCAUCUUUGCAAAGCAAUUAUCUCCAUACUUUGACCCUUACUUAGUAGGUUAUGGUGCUAUGGCUUUGGGCGGUCCCUUCUGUUACAUGUCUUCUUUUAAUUUGUCAAAUGCAUUUCCUCAAUAUUCUGGUUCCAUUUUAGCUUUAAUCACUGGUGCCUUUGAUGCGUCUUCAGCAGUUUUCUUGAUUUAUAAACUCAUUUACGUCAAACUGCAAACAUGGUUUACAUUAGAUAAGUUUUUUAAGGCUUAUUUAUUUGUUCCCACGUUUAUUACCCUUUGCCAAUUUUUUAUCAUGUACGGUGAUUCGUAUAAGGCCGAAGGCUCAUUAUGUGAUGAUGCGGGCGAAGACACCGAUAAUGCUAUUGUUAGCACUCCCAAUACUAUUGCCGAAGUUCUUGACGAAAAUACCCAUUUAGUUCCUUCAACUUCCCAUAAGGGCAGAAGAGAUUCCAUGGGUGAUGCUAUUUUAACUCAUUAUGCCAGUGAAGGCGAAGCUCAAUUGAUUAAACAAACCGGUGGUAUCUUUGGUGUAUUACAUGGAUAUUCUGCCUCUUAUCAAAUCAAGACUCCUUGGUUUGCUCUUAUGGCCUUCUAUGUUAUCUUGCAAAUGUUAAGAUUGAAUUAUUUUGUUGCCACUAUCCACUCUCAAUAUGUUUAUUUAUUCAACUCCAUCAAGAAGGCAGAUAAAAUUAACAAGUACUUUGAUAUUAUGUUGCCAUUAGGUGGUGUUAUAUCCGUUCCAUUUGUUGGAAUGUUGUUGGAUAAUUUUAGCACUGAGUUUGUUCUUUUUACUUUGAUGGGAUCGUCCGUCUUCCUUGGUGUUUGUGGAUUGUUAAGACAAUGCGUUAUCGGGUAUAUUAACGUCAGUUUAUUUGUUGUCUUCAGACCAUUGUUCUACACAGUCGUUUCUGAUUUCUGCGCUAAGGUGUUUGGGUUCGAAACCUUUGGAACUGUUUAUGGUUUAAUGAUGACUACUUCUGGUGUCUUCAACUACUACCAAUCAUACUUGGAUAAGUUGACUCACACAACUUUUCAAAUGAAUCCAAUUCCAAUUAACUUGGUUUUAACGUUGGCAACAGUUGUUUUCGGUGGGUCGUUGUUGGCAUUUGUUGUAACACAGAUAAAGAAGAGACAAGAUGUGGUUAAAGAUGGUCAUCACCACCAUCACCACGAAUUAUAG